GGGGCCCUACUGUAUAUUGUGACUUCAGUCAGAGGUCCUCUUCAGUAGACUGAGGUUGAAAUAUAUAUCUUUUAUUUUUUUUACCGGUUGUUGCAUCUAAAUGCGUUCUCACCCUUCAUUGAUCACCGUUUAUGACAAAUUUGUCAAAACAUAUACGUUGUCUAAUUAUUUUUUGCACACUUACAGUAUAUUGGAAAUCAUCAAUGCAUCACGAAGCAUCUCGACACCCAUUAUCACGGCUAAACUGGAAAACGACACUGAUCCAGAGAAAGCUCGACAGGUUAAAGGGCGUAUCGAGAAGACCUUACUGGGUGAAGUGUGUGAGUACGUGGAGGAAGUCUUCUUACCUGAUGACUGUUUCCUGCUGUUAAAACUUGCAAUGGACCGCAUAAGACUCUUGAAGUUGGAAGUUGAUGCUCAUUCUAUUAAAUACUCAAUCUGCACUUCAAAACUAAAGGUGAAGGAAAUGGAUGUUUGUGUUGAGUCUGACACCAUUAUAACAGUGAGAGCAUCCAGGACCAAGGCUUCUUCCAUGUACUACCAGCUGCAGCAUCUCAAACAACACAUUAUUAAAGUUAUCAUUAAGGGUUUGCCUUCAGUCAACCGUGCAGUUAUUAAUCAAGUAAGUAGUGUAUAAUGUAUGAUCACAUAA